AUGGCCAAAGACAAGACCAGCGCUACGACACAACGAGAAAAGUUCACCCUCUGUGUCUUUUGUGGCGCCAGUCAGGGUGCAUCGCCCAAGUAUGCAGAGGGUGCCACGGCACUUGCAGAGACUAUGAGCGCCCAGUCCUGGUCCCUUGUUUACGGAGGCGGUACCCUCGGACUAAUGGGAAACCUCGCCAAGAACCUGGUUCGCCUUUCUGGGCCAGAUGCCGUGCAUGGCGUGAUCCCGGAGGCCCUGAUCAGAACAGAGAGGGGCGUGAUCAAACCCAAUGUCACCAAGUAUGGAAACACUACCGUGGUGCAUAGCAUGCAUGAGAGAAAGGCUACCAUGGCAGCUGAGGCAGAGGCUUUUGUUGCUUUGCCCGGAGGCUAUGGUACUUUGGAAGAAUUGUUUGAAGUAGCUACGUGGAACCAGCUCGGCAUUCAUGACCGUCCUGUUGUUCUGUUCAACAUUGGUGGGUUUUUCGAUCAUCUUAUCGCAUGGUUGGAGAAUUCCGUCAGUGAGGGGUUUAUUUCGAAGGGUACAGCCAAUAUCAUCAGUGUUGCAAACACGUCCGAUGAAGUUGUUGAGAAAAUCCAGCAGUAUGAGCUGGUGGCAGGAAGACAUCUCCUGGACUGGAAGUCAAAGGAGACAACCAAAGUAUCGGCCAUCUGA